GAUUUACAAUUCUUGAUGGAAGAAUAUAAAUCUACCUUUCAAAUCAAAAACCAUAAUUUAGAUAACACUUUACAAAAGAAUAUUAACAUUUCUCAAUCACCUACUUCAACUAUUGAAACCCACCCCGAUGAAGAAAACAACACAAGUUCUAUAGAUAUAAAACAGAUACAAAGCACUGUUUCUUUCAAAUCAAAUCUUAAUAAUACCUCUAAACAGAUAAUAAAUACAACUUCUGUUUCAUCUAACCUUAGAGAAAUUAAGCACAGCUUAGAAUCUCAAAUUCUUGACUUAAUCAAACUAAAAUUAUUAGAAGAAAAAGUGAUUGAUAAAUUUAUAAAUUUGGAAAAUAAGAAGAGAGUUA